AUGAAGUUCCUCGCCAUCUCCGUCCUAGCUGCGCUUGCAGCUGCCUCUCCCAUCGCUGUCCCCGAGCCAGUGAACGACCUCGAAGUCCGUGAAAUCGACGCCCGCCAGCUGAAUGCCGGUACCAGGAACGAGCUCGAAACGGGCACUGCGCCUUGCCCAAAAGCAAUCCUCAUAUUUGCUCGCGGCAGCACUGAGACUGGUAACAUGGGGACACUCACUGGACCCCCUGUCGCCAGUGCCCUCGAGAGCACCUACGGCGCAAACAACGUCUGGGUGCAGGGCGUCGGCGGCCCAUACGUAGCCGAUCUUGCUUCCAAUGCGCUACCAGGUGGCACUUCGCAGGCUGCGAUCAACGAGGCAGUCAGGCUGUUCAACUUGGCAAACACAAAGUGCCCCAGUUCAGCCGUCGUUGCUGGUGGAUAUUCUCAAGGCAGUGCCGUGAUCGCCGGUGCCAUCCCCAAGCUCUCCGCCACCGCCCGCGCACAGGUCAAAGGCAUCGUUGUUUUCGGUUACACACAAAACCAGCAGAACCGCGGUGGCAUUCCCAGCUAUCCCUCGGGUGACUUGAAGGUCUUCUGUGCGCCUGGUGAUCUUGUGUGCAAUGGCACGUUGAUCAUCACCCCAGCGCAUCUUACAUACGGUGUUCCGGCAGCUUCAGAGGCGCCGAGGUUCUUGCAGAGCAAGAUUGGUGCGUAA